UGGCCAUAUGAUAUGCAGAGCUCCUUAACAUCAGAGCUGCAGGAGAAGCAGGCAGCUGCUUGAAGAUGCCAUCUCACCAUACCAUGGUGAAAUAUUUCUCUCCCUCCUAUUGACAUGCAUGCAUUAUAAGAAAACACCAGUCACACUCAGCUUUGGCUACAAUAACUAAGGUUUGCUUCUUGAUCUGGACCACGGUUACAACAUUUCAUUACCAGUGGAGUCGAAAACAAAUUGAAUACAAUCAUGAUUAGGAAUCCAGAUUUUGACACAUUUGUUUGCUGUGCUGUUUGUUCUAAACUAAUACCGCCACCUCCUACACCAGAGACCUUCGAUCGGAUUAGGGAAUAUAAGCCUUACAAAACUCGAUACUAUACGCACAAAGAUAUACUGGAACUCGGAGCUGACCUUAAGCAAGAAGCAGCAGAAAGAAAAGAAUUAGAAACAGAGAAACGAAUAGAAAAACUGCGAAACAGGCUACUGCUUCAGGCUGAGACAGAAAAAGAAGAUGCAGUGGAAGAUGCUCUUAUUCGUGCUGAAGCACUGCACAAGAAAGACCUUGAAGAUCUUAAAACCAAAGACGAACAAGCAUUACUAGAAGCUGUGAAGAAUACACGGGUUGAAAUGCUGCAGCACUUGGAACUGGAGCUGAAGAGAGAAUCAGAAGCUGCUGAGCAACGGAUGACUCACAAACUUCACCGACUCAUAAAGCAGUUCCAUCUGGAGAAGGCCGAAGCUAUAGCUGAAGCAAGACAGGAGGAGAGACAGAAGAUAGCUGGAAUCCUUGCCACACAAAAAAAGAAGCAUUUGGAACAAAUGGAGCAAGCUGGGGCGGUUGCUCAUGCAGUUUAUCAGAGGAAUUUGCAACUAUUAGCCUUGGAGAAAAAGCAUGAGAUGGAAAUUGCAUUUUCAAUCUCCCAAAAAGAGUAUAAGGAAGAAACUGAGAAACUGCUCAAAUCAGCAGACACUCUCCGUGAGGCUCAGCUUGAAGAAGUGACCAAUGUAGUGAACAGGAAAGACAGUGAGAUCCUGUCUCUUGGUCAGCAGCUGGAACAUAUGACAUCUUGGAAAGAUAGCCUGGAAGCUGAAAUAUUGGAAACAAGAGAAGCAUUUCAGAAAUACAUCAACCUUACUUUUCCCCAGCUUGCCCCAGGGCAAGCAGAUUUUAUCUUACCAUUCAGAAAAAUAAGUCCAUUCUUAGACUCAGAUGCUGUAGAGCACACUCAAGUGACAGCACCUAACAGCAAGGAUCUCUGAAGACCUAUUGGUCUGCCACAAAGAUCCAGAUGUACUGCAGGGACAAAUUAAAACCAUCUUCUCUCACAAUUAAAUGUGUGACUGUGUGUGAAAGCAUUAAUGUUCACUCUGAGGAUCUGUGAAAUUGUGGGAGGUGUAGAUUCCUACCAUUUCACAGAUCCUCGGUCUCUCUGCAGUGGCAUCUCUCUUCAGCCUCGCAAAUAUAGAACAAGUACGUACUAAGGUACUUGUGUUGUAGUUCAAAAAAUUUUGGAUUUUGGAGUACUAUACUUUGGAGUACUCAACCUAUACUUAAAUAUCAACUGGUUUACAAUAGGUAUAGGGAUCUAUGGCGCUGUACAGACCAGUGCUUUGCGCCAGCCUUCAUGCGUACUAGGGUUGCCUUGGGGCGUCCUUUCCAGACGUCCUUUCCAACCCUAGCACGUUGUAAUGGCAGCGCCCUUUCUGCAUGGGCGCUGCCAUUACAAUGUCACAGCCAUGCCACCUUCAAAUGGGGUGGCGUGGACGU